GUUCCAGACCGUCACCAUUGGCUUCUAUCUGCCCCUCUUCAUAACAUGGUUACACGCAAACGAAAGGCCUCAGAACUCAAGGAGGAACAUCCCUCCACCAAUAACAACAAGAAAUCGCGUACCAGUGCCACUCAGACGCACGCCACACAUACAAGUCCCAUCGCACAACCAGGACCGAGCAACGAGCCUUCCUUAGCUGCAGAGGGUACUCCGAAAUCUAAAGGAAAGCGAAAAGGGAAGGAAAAGCAGGCGAAGCCGGAGUCAGAGAAACGUCUGGCUCGAUAUAGAGGGCAUUGUCCGAUUAACGUUGAGGAAAGGUUGGAUAGGGCCUUAGCUCAGAGAUUCUUUUUGAUUCAUCGAGAGCGCGAAGAGGGCUCAUUGAGAGAGACUUUUACGGUCUCUGGAUCCACUGGAAACGUAUACACAGUCGUUGUCGAUAACUUGCCUCGUUGCGAUUGCCCAGAUGCGCUGAAGGGAAACCAUUGUAAACAUAUUUUGUUCGUCUUUUUCAAGGUGUUCCAUCUUCAUAGAAGUUCUAGUCAUUGGUACCAAAAAGCCCUCCUCAACUCGGAACUCCAAGAACUUUUCGAUGCCGCGCCUGCUCCACCACAGCUACGCGGACACGGCUCCCUCGCUGACGACCGAAUCAUUGAAGCUUGGAAAGGUGUUACCGGAAGAGCUGAUCCCUCGGCAGCAGCGUCAAGUUCAACCGAAAACCGCCGUAUCCCCACGCCAGAGGACGACUGCCCGAUAUGCUACGACACCAUGCACGACCCGAGCAAAACCACGCUCGAGUCCCUCACUGGUGUGUUGGAAUGGUGUAAGCGAUGCGGGAACGCGGUUCAUAAGCCAUGUUGGAAUAAUUACCUCGGAUACCAACGAACGAAAUCGACAGAAGCCACCAAAUGCGUUUGGUGCCGUGCUCCGUGGUAUCUGUCGGAUUCUUCACCCAAUAAAAGUGGUGGAAAGUCACAAGAAGGAUACGUCAACCUUGCCGGCCUUCCUGGAAUGGAGGAUAUCAAUACUGCGAGAGAUUAUUCUACGUACCAUUCUUACUCUCGUCGAAGGUACUCUCGUUACUAGGAUGAUGGCUAUCAUAUACAUAUAUUCCUUGCAUUCAAAUCUAUACGCAUUUUCAAUCUAAUUCAAACAAUGUCCGUAAUCUUCAAUCAAAAGGCGAGUUUCAAAGACAGA